AUGGCCGAACCGCGCUCUCGUCCUCCCAGCGUUCUAUUGGAGCCACCACCAAAGGGAGUUGAACUAGAAGAUCCUGGGGCAUCAGACCAUAAUCCUGACAGUGAUGAAGAGCACUUCUCUGAUGCCACAGAGGGACAAGUAUCCACCUCUCAACGGCCUUCCCGCUCCCAAUCGCCAGUUCCCCGAACCAGAGUAGAAAAGGUCGAUUCCUCACCCAGACAUGGAGAGGUUCCUGGUUCACCAGCAUACCAACAGCGGCUAGCAGAUGCUGUGCCAGAUGAGAUUGACAUCAUUCGAGAGGGGGAAAGGAAUGCUCAACACACUCCAGCCUGCCCAGAACGCCCUCGAACUCCUGGCGGAACCCUUAUACCGUUGACAGUCGUGGAGAAGGUAGACCCUAGUUCGCCAGCAUACGGUGAAGAACCGGGGACACAGGCAUAUGAAUCACGAAAGGCGGAUUUUCCCCCUGACCGGAUUUUCAAGCUUGGGGAUCCAAGAGCAAGCCCACAGCUUAUCAUAACAGAGAAUGGAGUGGAAGAUGCCAUCAGUGAUAGUGACCUCCCAGAGACGCUUCUCUCCCGCGUCGAAUCCCUACCGAAAGAUGGGGAGAAACGAAAGUUUACUGCUCACCGUAGGAAACCAAGCGAUGCGGCCCCGGACGCGGAGGAGAUAGUGCUUGACGUUCCAGGACAACAAAUUCCCGAUAUAAAUAGCUGUGAUACCCAAACCACCGAACACACGUCGCGAUUAAAUGAUGGUGAUAAUACGGACCAUCAUACCGGUGGCCGGGUUGACGAUGAUAACGAUGAUAAUGGCUUCGGUGAUGACUUUGAUGACUUCAAGGGCGGGGACGCAGAUGAUGACCAGGACGAAUUUGGGGAUUUUGAUGAUGGCUUUCAAGAACCAGAAGAAGGCUCUGACGCUGCCAUACCAGAACCGAUAGCCGAUUCAACCUUGCCCUCCAGUCAUCCUAUUCUACCGCCUCUUCUUGAUUUUUCACCCUUUAAAUCACUUCCUGACCUUCUUUCUGCUACUUCUGAUCAACUUGAUACCCUGUUUCCUAGCUCUGCAAAUAUAUCCUCUUUACCCCCUGUUGAAUCAUUUCCUGACUCCUCCGCAAUAUUCACUACCGAACGCUCGCUAUCUCUUUGGUCCCAACUAGUUGCGCCUCCACCACUGCAACCCCCAAACUGGACGAAAUCCCGUAUCCGCCGCCUAUUUCUCGUCUCCCUGGGUGUCCCAGUGGACCUGGAUGAAAUUCUUCCAGCCUCAAAGCAGAAGAAGUUAGUCCUACCUUCUAUGAACCGCGAUACCGCACGUGUUUCAGGUGAAGAGCCAUCUGGUCCUGGCGGCACAUUACUCCGUUCUAGAAGCAAACGGAAACAUCUUGACGGACAGUCUCGCUCAUCUACAUCUUUUGACUCUAACCGCUCUUCGUCACGGCCUGUUCCUUCAACUCCUCGGCGGAAGGGUAAUACUCCUCCUCCAGAGCUGGAUCUUCUCGCCGUCCGUCGUCUCUGUGGAACUACGGACGCAGCACUGGAUGGCUUUACAGAUCAAGAAAUGAAGGAGCAUAUACAAACAUUGGAGAGGAUGACUGUUCGAGCUAGCGAGGUUUUGGAGUACUGGCUGAAGAAAAGAGAUGGUCAACUUGGAGAAAAGGAGGCCUUUGAAGGUGUUAUAGAGAACCUGGUUAAACAUGCGAGACAAGUGAGGAAAUGA